UUGAGCUCUUGAGUUGACAGCAGACAGUAGUCGCAAUGGAUAUCUACAGAAUUAAUAACAGCAACCCAAUGGAUUAUGAUCUAGACGAAAUGGACCCAAAACACAGGAAAAUGUUCCCGUGCCAAGAAGAACGCGUCGACAGUGGAUUGGACUCAUUUAAAUCGGGCGAAUACGCACUUCUCCAGGAGGACUUUCAGAAUUUAAAUGUGGCUGAAACAAGAACAGAAUUUUCUUGUGAACCCUGGAAACAACAACGAUCGGAAGACGGUGACACGUUCCUCCACCUCGCCAUUAUUCACGAAGCAGAAGACCAAGCCAUUCAGAUUAUCAAACAAUGUCACAAGGACCCAUUCUUGAACACACAGAACAACCAAAGACAGACUCCCCUUCAUCUGGCUGUAAUAACAGAACAACAUAAGCUGAUCGAGAGUCUCCUGAAAGCCGGCUGUGAUUCGCGGUUAGUGGACCACGGUGGAAACACAGCUCUACACAUUGCCUGCAAGAAGGGUUCCAUGACUUCUUUCGGCCUUCUCACACAACUGCCACCUGUUGCCCACCUGCGCUCCAUCCUUAACUUCCCAAAUUAUAAUGGACACAACUGCCUCCACCUGGCCUCAAUCCACGGGUUCCUCUCAAUGGUUGAAGUCCUCAUUCAGUUAGGAGCAGAUAUUAACUCCAAAGAACAAUGCAGUGGCCGAACAGCGCUUCACCUUGCUGUGGACCUCCAGAACCUUUCACUUGUGCAUCAGCUGAUUGUUCUGGGAGCCGAUGUCAACAGCCUGACAUACGGGGGAUUCACGCCAUACCACCUGACAUAUGGCAGACAAAAUGGCGAGAUCCGUGAGCAGCUGCACGACAAGACGGCAAAGGACCUCAGAGAACUGCCGAGCGAAUCUGAGGACAGUGAGGACGAGUCCAUGUCAGAGGACGAUAUGUACGAUGACAUUCUGUUUGGAGGACAGUUGUCCAACUGAAACUUCCAUAAGACCAUGACCGCACAGACCAAGACCAAAAAUGAAGCUUCCUGACUGACCCAAGUGUCUGGAGAAAUAUGUGCACAAGGACUCAAAAACCUCAUCUACACUCCACAGAACUUUAACAGUGUAAAUAUUUGGGAAUAGCUGUUAAAUAUUGUAAAUACAGAGAGCACUAUUUUUUUACCUGUAAAUAUAAAUCCAUUGUAACACUAUUGUAAACUAUAUUUUGUACUAUAUGUAUAUGCUGAUAAAUUAAAGAAAAUAAUUGCAUACAAUUUAAA